AUGCAUAGCGUAGAAUUUACCGGCGAUGACUUCGAUCAUCAGUUUCCAAGACCUUUGCAGAGGCAAAGAAGAAGGAUGGAACAUCAGGUUUUGUUUCUGAUUACCAUUUUUGCGAGUUUCGUUUUCUCCGGGAGAUGCAGCGAUGUUUACAGCAGGAACGAUUUCCCGGAAGGGUUCGUCUUCGGAUCCGCCAUUUCUGCUUAUCAGUGGGAAGGAGCUGCUGAUGAAGACGGAAGGACGCCUAGCGUCUGGGAUACCAAAUUUCACUCUACAAGUGGACCUGAUGGAUAUCACAAGUACAAGGAGGAUGUUAAGCUGGUUAAUGAUAUGGGUUUAGAUGCAUUUCGACUCUCCAUCUCGUGGUCUCGGCUUAUACCAGGUGGAAGAGGUCCUGUGAAUCCAAAGGGUUUAGAGUUCUACAAAAACUUUAUAGCUGAGCUCAAAAGACAUGGAAUUGAACCACAUGUUACAUUGUUUCACGAUGAUCUCCCUCAGAUUCUUCAAGAUGAAUAUGGAGGAUGGCUUGACCGCAGAAGCAUCGAUGACUUCACGGCUUUUGCAGACGUUUGCUUCAGGGAGUUUGGGGAAUCAGUGAAAUUCUGGUCUACAAUUAAUGAGCCCAACAUUAUAGCAUUGAUCGAUUAUGGAUCUCUUGUGAACUGUACUCCUCCAUUUGGGGUUGCAAACUGCUCUACAGAAAGCUCUUCAAGUGCGCCGUAUAUCGCACUCCAUAACAUGUUGCUUGCCCACGCAUCUGCCGCGAGAUUGUAUAAGACAAAGUAUAAGGAUAAGCAGAAUGGAUCUAUAGGUAUAACAUGUUUUGGAUUCUGGGUGAUUCCUUUUACUAGCUCUGAAGAGGACAAGAUUGCAACUCAGAGAGCCAAAGAUUUCUUAUUAGGCUGGGUUCUUCAUCCGCUCUUCUUCGGGGACUAUGCUGAUGCGAUGAAGAAAAUCGUGGGCAAAAGAUUGCCAAGUUUUUCUCAAGAGGAAUCAAAUCUUGUGAAAGACUCAUCCGAGUUCGUGGGAGUCAUACACUACCAAACAUUCUACAUUUCACAUUCAGAAACGAGGGAUUUGAUAAUCCCCACUGGGAAUUCUACAGCGGUCGAGCUUGAUGUGUUUCCGAGGGGUCUUGAAGAAGUUUUGGAAUACAUAAAGCAAGACUAUGGCAAUCCUCCGGUCUACAUUCUUGAAAACGGUCGACCUAGCCACCAAGAUUCAUCGCUUAACGACGUGGGAAGAGUUGAAUACCUUCGUGCUUAUAUCGGUGCCGUGCUCAAUGCAGUGAGGAAUGGGUCAGACACAAGAGGCUAUUUCCAAUGGUCGUUCAUGGAUCUGUUCGAGGUUAUCGAUGCCAAUUACACGUACGGUUUAUACCAUGUGAAUUUCAGCGAUCCUCAACGUAAAAGAACUCCAAAAACCUCAGCUCUUUGGUACUCUGCUUUUCUCAACGGCACACAACAAGAGCUUAAGAACCUCUCUCUAUCUCCCUCUCCUGGUUUUGCUUCUCAGUGA